AUGAAGCACCCCUCAGCCAGUCUCACCGGCGCAGUAGGCCUCCUCAAUCUGCCCCUCCCAAACCUGCCCCCCUACCAACUAACAAUGGCAAAAUGUCACAAGGUCGUCGCCGUGUACAUUGCCGGCGAAGCCCUUGGCGCGCUCACCCAAACCAUUGUCGGUGAUCGCAUGGGCCGUAUCCGCUUCAUGCAACUUCUCUGCGUCCUCGUCACCAUUGGUACCGCCAUCCAGACCGUUGCCGUCCACAUUGCCAUGUUUCUUGUCGGUCGCGGCCUUGCCGGUUUCGCCGUUGGAGACUCUCCUCGCAGCGGCAUGGUGUCCACUGUUCCCAUCUAUCUCUCCGAGAUGGCGCCUCCGCAGCAGCGCGGCCUGAUUGGCGGCAUCUCGGGCUGCGGCAUCGCCCUCGGCACCAUGGCCUCCAACUGGGUCGGCUACGGCUGCUCCUUUUUGCCCUACGGCCAGACCCAGUGGCGCGUGCCGCUCGGGUUGCAGAUCCCCUGGGGCGUGCUCAUGCUGGUCGGGCUGGCCACGUUUAUGCCAGAGUCACCGCGGCAGCUUGUGCGUCGGGGCCGCGAGGGCGAGGCGCGGCGCGCCUUUGGCAGGACGAGGCGCGAGUUGACGUUGAGCGAGGUAGAGCAAGAGUUUGAGGCCAUGAAGAUGCAGAUUAGCUUUGAGAUGGAGCGCGAGGUCAAGUCGUACAAGGAUAUAUUCAGGCUCUAUCGACGACGAGCCAUGGUAUCAAUUGCUGUGCAAACUAUGACGUCGCUCACCGGUGUAAACGUUGUUCAGUAUUAUCAGACUAUUCUAUACAGGAGCCUCGGCAUGAGCCCCUCCACCAUCCUCGCCCUGGCCGGCGUAUACGGCACCGUCACCUUUCUUUCCAACGUUCUCACGACCCGGUACCUAGCCGACCAAUGGGGCCGUCGCAACAUGAUACUCACCGGCCUCUCCGGCGUCAUCCUCGUCGAAAUCUACACCGCCGUCAUGCAGCGCCGCUUUCAAGACUCGAGCAGCGCAAUCGGCAAGGGCUUCACCAUUCUCGGCAUCUACCUGUUCGCAGUCAUCUACUACGGCAUGCUCAACAGCACCACCUGGCUCUACGGCGCCGAAGUCCUCCCCAUUGCACUCCGCAACAAAAUCAUGGGCAUCGCCUCAGCCUCUCACUUCAUCGUCAACGUCGCCGUCACCGAAGCCGGCCCAACCGCAUUCGCCAAAAUCCGCGAGAAUUACUAUUACGUGUUUGUCUGCUGCACAACCUUUUUCCUCAUCAUGGCCUACUUUUGCUUUCCAGAAACACGCCAGCAGACUCUCGAAGAAAUCGCGGCUGCCUUUGGUGACGACAUCGUGGCUGCCGACCCUGGCAAGCCCGGCAGCUUGACGCCAGGAAUCAAAGCUCACCUUGUUGUGGACAACGGUACUUCAACUGACCACCACGAAAUCCGAAGACUUGACUGA